AUGGCUAAAUCAUACUCUGCUCUUUCAUAUUCCACCUUAAUUCAUAUGUUAACUCUCAAGUUAACAUCCACGAAUUAUUCACUCUGGAAGAAUCAGGUAGAGACAUUGUUCCAAGAACAAGAUAAUUUUCUUGAUGGUUCUGCCAAGCCUUCUAUUUCUACAGCCAUGGUUGAAACCUUAGGUUGCAAAACCUUUGCUGUUGUCUGGCACACCCUUGAGAUUGCUUAUAGUCUCGCAUCAGAAGCCCGUGAAAUCGAACUCAAUGAAUAA